AGUACAUCCGGGUAACACAAGCUUCUCCGCGCCUUUUCGCUUUAUGGAAUAUUUGACCCAAACCGACAGCGAUAAUCCUAUCAGUAUCAUGUUGUUUUGUAUUAACUGCAUUUACAGAACAUUCGUAGCAAGUUUAACUUCCUUCUGCAGAUAAACUAACACUUAAACAUGCUGCUGCCGUCUGAUGUAGCGAGACUUGUGCUUGGAUACCUGCAGCAGGAAGGACUGAGUGCUACAAGUCGAGCAUUUAUCGUGGAGAGUCCUAACCUGAGGGAGUAUGCUGAACACAGCUCUGAGGAUGGAGUUAUUCCUGCCUGCGUGUUUUCACUUUUUGGAAAAAACCUGACCACCAUACUAAACGAAUACGUUGCUGCGAAAGCGAAAGAAACAUGUCAUGAGAAUCAAAUACCAGCUGUAAUGACCUCAUUAUGGAAAAAGCUGGACUUCACCCUCAACCAAAUCAAAUCUAUGCAAAACUCUCCCGCUGUUCAACAAAUCCAGCGGCUCCGCACCCAGAACAGCAUUCUGAAUAUGCGGCGUCAGAGGGCCUUGUCCUCGACUCAGACUCCUGCCACCGUCUGCCUAUCAGUGUCCACUCCAGGGAACUGUGUCCCCAGGCCUGUCCCAGCUCCUCAGGGCAUCCUGGGACACUCCACCCCCGUGUGCUACACCUCCCAGCAGACGAGACCCUCCACCAUCAGCCUCUCUCAGUCAGAAGAGACACCUUUGCAAAUAAUGGUACCUGACCAUAGAUUUACCCCAGGGCCAUUAUCUCCAGCUCGCAGGAAGUGCGACUCUCCAAGGCGAAGAGGAGGUCAGUUUGGGAGUAGCAGAGGCGUUACAGUGACCAGCAUUCUCACUGUGGAAUCACAAAGCCAGGAGGCCGUGACGGAAAAUUUAUCUCAAAUGGUGAUUGAGAAUGCCCGAGAAAAGAUCCUGAAUGACAGAUCUUUACAAGAAAAACUUGCGGAAAAUAUCAACAAAAUCCUGGCCAGUGAUAACAGCCCACAGACAUCGAAGGCAGCGUGCAGCACAGUGGAGCACGAACAGUCCAUAGAUGAAAUACUGGGCCUACAGGGAGAAAUUCAUAUGACUGAUGAUGCCAUCCAGGACAUCCUAGAACAGACAGAGUCAGAUCCUGCCUUUCAGGCUCUCUUUGACCUCUUUGAUUAUGGAAAAAAUAAAACGGCUGAAGGUACUGAGAAUGCUGAUAGAAGUAACAGUGCUCAGGAGAGUGAUGAGACUGGUCAUAUGGACAGUGCUACAGACACAGGGACUGGACAGGAUGAUUCCACAUCAGGUGGAGAAACCACCACGAGAAUACUAAGAAGUAGGAAUGUAAAAGACGCAAAAAGUAAAAGGAAGACAGCCAUUCCUCUCAGCACAGGCAGGCCGGUUCCAGCACCCUCUCAGUCUUGUGCAGUUAGUAAACAAACAACAACUCCAACAGGAACUGUACAAAACAAAAAAGGCACCAGCAGAGGCAGACUCUCAGUUAGCAAGAAGCAGGCCAGAGGCACAAGCUCUACCUUGAAAGGGAAUCUGAAUAACAAAGCACAGUCUAAAUCAUCUGAUUCAAAUGUAUCAAGCUCAUCUCUAUCUGAAGAGGUAGCAAGCAUGGAGGUGGAUGAUCAAACGUCUGAAAUGUCUUUGGACUGCAGUACUGAAGGGACACCACACCAAGGGCUUCAAGAGAUCUCUCAGACUUCAACAAGCAGUAAAAAAAUUCCAGUUUCCACUAAGCAAGCAGAAACCACUCCCAAAGCAGGAGUAGACAUAUCAGGGAAUAAAUUAGGAGCAGAGAAGGUGGGAAGGACACAACUAGUUGCAAGAGCUCCUGAAGCUUCAGGCCAAAGUGAGCUUUCGAUCUACAGAGCAAAUGAUACCUCCAUGUCUAAGCAAGCAUCAAGUCAGCAGCCAGCAACAAAUAAGGUUCCUUUACUCAACACAGUAAUGCAGGAGGAGGAGUCAAUCUCCAAUACGACCAAGACCAGCAGUCCACGACCCAUUUCCUUUGAGCCAUCAGCUUCGGUUGUAUCUGGGUCUACAGCCACUUCCUCCACAGUUAUCAAUCCUUCCCAGUCUCAAACCACAGAGUCUGACCCUAAUAAAAUAGUAGCUCUUAAGAUCAUCAUCAGUGAUGAGCAGGAGCAGCAGCAGGGCAGUGAUUCUACUCUAAACCAAGCUGUCUCCAGCAUCAGCGGUGACCGCAUCCCCACAAUCUUCCUGUCCCCCCCAGCCAAAUCUCUGACUAAGGUAGUGCCCUCUACCCCUGGCUCCUCCAUCACCCCAGAGGAGACAGCACAGGCAGUGAGCAGCUUGCAGGGGGCUGAGUCUGCUGGAGACCCAGUUAUAAGCGUGCAGAACAAUUUGCAACCUGCACAGGCACGGCCCAUGGCACCAGAGACUGGUUUCAUCCAGCUGUUACCUGCUAACCCAACAUUCGGCGGACCUAGCAGCUAUUUUGUUGUGACGGAUCCAAGUUCAGGAGUUGACCAGCAUUCCAGUAUGAUGCUGCUUCCAGGUGGUGCACGAGAAGGAGCAGUAUGUUCUACACCACACGUUGUGGCUACACCACCUCGAACUCAGGCUGUGGUUUCCAUUGCACCAAAUGUAGCUCGACCCUUCUCACCUGCAUCAGCCAUCAUCAUUUCCUCACCGAUUCAGCCCAUGAUACAGAAUAUGGCAGUCCCAGUGUCUGUCUUGGGACAGAACAGUACAGGAAAACUCACUGUGGUACCCAGUCAGAUGUUGGCUUUGCCUGGUCCGAAAUUGGUGAACCAAUCAGCAAAGGUUGUGUCAAAACCUAAAUUAGUGCCUAAGGACAAUGUGGAUUUGGGCAAAACUGGAACACCUGUUAGUGUGUCCAACCAAGUCUCAAACAGCUCUCAGAGCUCAGAGCAGUUAAACAGCACUACUGGAGCAAGCCCUAGUCACAGAAGAAUACUUUGCUUUGAUGAAAACACUAGCCAGGCAAGUACAAAUGCAGCUGCUUCUUCCCCUGUUGUGAAGGAGUCCAUAAGGACAGAGCAAACCCAGCCUUGCAUUUUAGGCAACACUAAUGCCAAGAGAAGGGUUGAAACCAUAAGAUUAUCAGAACCAAGUCAGAGUACAGGAACAAAGGAAUCUGAAAAGGUUUCUACACCUCAGCAGCAAAAAGAGGCUACAAAAAGCACACGAACAGAAACAGGGGCUGAUCGGACUGUCAAUUCCAGCACAUCCUUAAACAAUGCUGUUCAGCAAAAUCCAUCUGUUGCAUUGGAGGCCAAAAAGAGAAUACAGCCCACAUCAAAUAUGGAAAGUGAUUCAGCAGCAUUAUCAAAUUAUUUAAAGUCUUCCUGUCAGAGCCUUGGGCCCAAGUCUACCAGCAUCACAAAAGACACUUCACAAGAGGAAAAACUUGAACAAAGACUUGUGAAAACACCCGAGGGGCCCUCUGAGAGCAAAGCCACACAGGACUCGCCCAACGUCACUGCAAACAAGGAGAAUGAAGUAAAAGGCAGUCGGCAAGAGCUGCGUCAAGCAGCUGCCCCAAUAUUGUCUACUGUAAGAUCUCCUACACCUGUGUCUCAGGGGGGUUCGGGGAAACCAACAUGUAAAACAAGCCCACUUACCAAGCAGGCAGUGGAGAUGCUACAGGACAUCCAGAGCCAGAGUCCCAUCUCCACACCACCCAGGAGGAGAGGCUCCUUAGACCUACCACUUCCAAAAACACCUGUGCCAGGUCGUCUCCAGGAUGACUUGCUAGAUGGUUUGAGAACACCCUCAAGGCAAAGGCAUGGGCGUGAAGGAGAGGGCACACCCAAACAUCUGGCUCCUCCUGCUACACCUGACCUUCCUACCUGCAGCCCAGCCAGUGAGGCAGGGAGUGAGAACAGCAUCAACAUGGCCGCCCAUACACUCAUGAUCCUGUCACGCGCAGCCAGGACAGGAGGGCCUUUAAAAGACAGCUUGCGCCAGGAGGAGGCUGGUGCGGCUAAAUCGAGUGCUUCCAAAGGAAAGAAGCGCAAGCACACUGAACCGAGCCCUACAGCAAAGAAAGAACUGCACCUCACAAGUUCAUCAGGCAGUAAGAAGAAAGCUAAGAAGCAGAAGAAACUUCUUGAUUCCUUCCCACUUGACCUGGAUGUCGACAAGUUCCUGUCAUCGCUGCAUUAUGAUGAAUGACGAAAUGGGCAAAAUACCAGAAUAAAUGCUGAUGAGGCAACGAGAGAGAGAACGUCAAGAGAGAACACAAGAAAUACUCCUAUUUCUCCUGCUUCAUAUUAUAGUUAUGUAUAGUUGUUGUAUAUGUGUAAUACUAAUUGUUCCAGAGAAAGUUAUUAUAAAAAAAAAAAAUAGUUAUUGUAUAGCCUCACACACUCACACACUGCUGUUCAUCAUUUUGAAGUCCUCAUUAAUAUAGUACAUUUAAGAUGUAUUAUUUAUAUUCAAUACUACAUUUUACUGUCAAUUCUGCAACAUUGUACAGUAGUUCAAAUGCAUACUUUUGUUAAAUGAAAUUUUACAAACAGCACCUCUUUUCAACUUCUCUUGAAACUUCUAUAGAGAAUUCCUUAACUAAAUAGAAUUUCUAAAUAAGGGAAAUCUCAUUUUUAAAAAAUUAUCUGGCAGCAGCUCUGUCCACAAAAGCAUGCAGAUACGUUCUGAGCUUCAGUUAAUGUUCUUAUCAAACAUCAGAAUGUGGAAAAGUGUGAUCUCGUUGACUGUGACUGUAGCUAUGGUGUUGCCAGACAGGCUGGUUUGAGUUUUUCCACAAACUGUUGCUCUACUGGCAUUUUGACACAACAGUCUCUAGAGGUUACACAGAAAGAUGUGAAAAACAAAAAACAUCUGGUGAGCUUGUGAACAUUCUGUGGGCAAAAAGCACCUUGUAGAUGAGAGGGGUCAAAGAUGAAUGGCCAGACUGGGUCAAGAACUCUACAGUAACUCGAUUAGCCACUCAUUACAAAUGUGGUGAGCAGAAAAGCAUGGAUGGCCUACACCAGCAGAACACCACAUUGUACUCCAUUCAGCCAAGAAUAGAAAUCAGAGGCAGAUGGCUAGAGUGGGUACAGGCUCACAGAAACUGGGCAGUUGAAGUCUGGAAAAAUGUAGCCUGGUCUGAUGAAUCUUGAUUUCCCUUGUGACAUGCAGAUAGUAUGGCCAAAAUUUGACAUCAACAGUUCAGGCUGCUGCUGCUGGUAUAAUAAUGUGUGGAAUGUCUUCUUGACACAUUAUAGCCAAAAUUUACCCAUCUUAUAAUGGCUACUUCCAGCAUGAUAAUGUGCCAUGUCACAAAUCACAAGUUGUCUGAGACUGGUCCAUGAACAUAAUGAAUUCAGUGUACUUCAUUGGCCUCCCCAGUCACCAGAUCUGAAUCCAACAGUGCACCUUUAGGAUGUAGUAAAAUGGGAGAUUUGCAGCAAUUAUGUGUCAGGUCAACAUGGACCAGAAUCUCAAAGGAAUGUUCCAACACCUUGUAGAAUCCAUGCCAUGAAGAAUUGAGGCUGUUCUGAGAGCAAAGAGGGAUCCUAGUCACCAGCAUUAGUAUGGUGUUCCUGAUAAUGUGGCUGGUGAAUAUACUAUUGUGUUAGAAGUAUUUUAAGUAUGAUGAUCGAGUAGUACAAGAAAUUAAUACAAAUGUGGAAUGAUUUCUACAGUAUCAGGAAGGUACUUUGUAGUAAAGGCAUUGGCACAGUUUAUUUUGAGCAGCUUUGGGGAAAUGGCGUUUCUGCACAGUUGAAAAUACCACAUGCAAAUAGCUUUUGACCUCCUUCUUCUUGAAAUCUGUGGUGCACUUCACAAUUCUGCAAUUUAAUACUGUCACAUUUAGCAAUCUGAAAGAUACAAGCUUAUAUCUUGAUUAUAUCUUGAUGAUUAUUAUUAUUGGGUACAACCCAAGUAUCAAUGAACAAAUCAGUGGUGGAACACGGGAUCAAACACAGUUCACAAUUUAAAAAAAUAAAUAAAUCUAACAAGGAUUGGUAUGUAAGUCAGAGAUAUAUUGAAAUUCGAAACCAAAAUAGUAUUGUAUUUCAUCCCUUUGAAGUUCAUGACACAUUUUCUAUUUGAUGAACCAGGGGAGCGAGAGAUAGGGGGGAUUUUUUAAUCUCUGAGAUGCCUUUCUGCUCACCACGGUUGUAAAGAGUGCUUAUUUAACUUACCAUAGCCUUCCUAUCAUUUGUAACCAGUCUGGUCAUUCUCCUCUGACCUUUCUCAUCAACACGGUGUUUCUACCCACAGAACUCCCACUGGGUAUUCACGAAUGUUUUUCGUUUUCACACCAUUAUGUGUGAAUGAUAGUGAAAAUCCCAGGACAUCAGCAGUUUCUAAAAUACUCAAACCUGCCUGUCUGACACCAACCAUGCCACUGAGAUCACAUUUUUCUCCCCCUUUUUCAUGUUUUAUGUCAACAUUAACUAAAGCUCUUGACUUGUAUCUGCAAGAUUUUAUGCACUGUGCUACUGCCAUGAUUGGCUGACUGGAUAAUUGCAUGAAUGUGCAGGUAUCCCUAAUAAAGAGGGCUGUGAGUGUA